GUGUGUACGCAGGAACUCAGCGCCUCCAGUUUUGUUUACAUGUGACAUGAAAUCUGUGGAGUUAAUGCUGGAGCUCCGUGAAGACCCGCAGCAUGUUUCCCUACAGCGCUGUUCCGAGGGGCCGGUCAGCCUACAGUAACGGCCUGUACCCGCCACCUCCUGUGCCCCGAUGUUACGAUUACAACCACCAAAGCCUGGCAGGUGUCAACAGCUUCUAUGCUCCUGAAAUAGAGAGAUUGCCUCAAUAUGAAUGGAAACCCCCACCAUCCACCUCUCCAGCCCCUCCUCCUCACACACCAACUAUGAACAGUGGGCGCAAGAGGCAGAAUGAUGAAUACACCCCCCAUGUUGUGAAGCGCCAACGGCUUGACUCCUCUUCCCGCCCGUGGAUAGGCUCCCCCAUAAUUCGGGCCUCUCCUCCCCUUCAUCGUCCUGACCAAGUGGUGGCUGGGUCCUCGAGAUCAUCCUUCUCUGAUUUUGAUCGCUCUUAUCCCAGCCCGCACUCCCAUCCCCGCCCUCAGGUACCUGCUGCCUCAGAAAGUUCCAACAGCCUGCAGGACUACGCUAAGGACAAGCUGAGCAAUCAGAUGGUGGAGCUGUUUGAGGCAUGUCAGCAGCAAUCUUCAGAUUUGGAGCGGAAGGAGAUGUGCCGAGCUCGACUGCAGAAGGACAUACAACGUGUCUUUGCAGUGGCACGACUUUACUUGACUGGAUCUUCUAUGAAUGGAUUGGGCUGCCGGAGCAGCGAUGCUGAUCUGUGUCUUGUCCUCAUGGGAAAUAAAAGACCGGAUCCUAUUCAUGUGCUCUCUGUCCUCCAAAGGCUGUUUCGAUCACUCUCCUAUGUAGAGAGGACUCAGCUGAUCAGAGCCAAAGUGCCAAUCCUCAGGUUCAGAGAGAGAGGCAGUGAUCUGGAGUUUGAUCUGAAUAUCAACAACACAGUGGGCAUCAGAAACACAUUCCUUCUGAGGAGUUACGCUUAUGCUGAUCUCAGGAUAAGACCCAUGAUCCUUGUUGUCAAGAAGUGGGCACGGCACAAUCAGAUCAAUGAUGCCAGCAAAGGAACGUUAAGCAGUUACACGCUGGUGCUGAUGGUCCUGCACUACCUCCAGACUCGUAAUGAACCUGUCCUUCCCUCUUUACAGAGGGACUACCCAGAGUGUUUUGAUCCCUUCAUGGACAUUGACAUGGUUCCAGAGGGACCCAAACGCGUCCCCCCCUACAUCUCAAGAAACUGGUCCUCUCUGGGAGAGCUGCUUCUGGGCUUUCUAAAAUACUAUGCCACAGACUUCAGGUGGGAUAAGCUGGUGAUCUCUGUUCGAGAGGCCAGAGCUUUGCCCAAGACCAGUUCUCAUGAGUGGAGAAACAAAUACAUAUGUGUGGAAGAGCCAUUUGAGAGAAAUAACGUAGCCAGGGCAGUCCAUGAGAAGAUCAAGUUUGAUGCCAUUAAAGCUGAGUUUGCUGAGUCAUGUCGGAUACUGCAGGAGAGGAAGGACCUGAACUCGAUCCUCCCAGUCAGAGCCAUCAUUAAUAAGGAGUCAUCCAGGAGAUAAGCGAUUCCUCUAAUUAGAGGAGCUGAGUGGAGUCUUCUACCUCAAGACAGGCCUGUGCCCAGAAACGAUGAAAGACCUCACAGCCAGAAAGACUCGGGGACUCUGAAAGCUCCGGCUGCCUCCAUAUCAGUCACAUGCUGCGUGUCCUGUGGCGGUACCUAUUGAAUAUACUUCACUGUCAAUAGCUUUGCUGCCUUUGCCAAAUUUAUGUAACGUAAUAUUCCAGGAAGCGAGAGUGGAAGAAAACACACAAUGUUCGUGGGGUGACACCAGAGGGCUCUGAAAUCAAAACGUGUCACUUGCACUGGUGACAGAGAGAUGCUGCACUAAAGCAGGAUAAUAAUGGUACGCGUUAUUAGAGGUGGUUAUUGCUGCUACACCGCCCUCUUUCUCAAUGCACAGAGUGUUCCCGGGAGGAAGUUAAGUUUAUUAAUAAAGUAUGAGAAGACAGAAAAUAACACCUGCAACCUGUCCAUAUCUGAAACUAGCUUAAAUGGAAGCGGUCUCGGUCAUGUUUCCCUCCUCUGAUCUCAGGUUUAGUUGCAUCCUCAUAGUUAGAGCCUUACUGCACAGAGUCAUAUUGGAAGGUGCCUGUUUGUUUCUGCCGCAUUCAUGUACAGUAUAUGCAUAUAUAUUCCCUGUCUGGACCAACUUGUAACAUCAAAGCCUUUUUUUCUAUUUUUCUAGGUCAGUAGUGAAGCUGUUGUGGGCUUAAACACUAUAGACACUUUUUUUCUACCGCUGCAUUAAAGGCUCUCUCUUUUUUUUCAUCAAGUUUCCAACAGCUUGUCUGAAAACAGAGCUUUUUAUUAGUGAUGUUUAAGUUUGUGUCGUAAUCUGAAUGACUCUGAGGUGAUCACUAGGGGGCUGCACAGACGCCAGACUAUGGAUAUUUGCGCUCCUUUGUCAUUGCUCAUUGUAUUAUUUUUCCUUAACUGGUUACAAACCUAUACAGUGUCAUUUUACUUCAGCAUCUACUUGAUUUAUUUGGACAGAACCCAAUGUGUUAUUCACUCAUUUUUGGUUCAGUUGAUAAUGUGUUAUUUGCAGAGUUCACACUUUUGAGUGUGACUUUUUUUUUCUUUCGUCUUUGGUUUGUGUUCUUCCCCAGUUCUUUUUGUACAUUUUGUACAUUACUAACUUUUAAAUGUUUAUUUAAAAAAAAUUAAAUCUUUGAAGAUG